AUGAGUCACGCUGCCGGAGACGAUGACAUAUGCGUAGAUUCAGACUGUGAGCUAUGCCAUACCAGCAAUAUAUCAAGUCCUCAUGAGGCUGGAUGCAUAGUAGAUUUAUUAUACGAGAAAGGAGACGUUACGACAAGUUCAUAUAUAGCAUUUGAAGAUGACUUGGGUAGGCUACGAAAUGAUAGAAACACGAGACAACACGAAGAAGAAGCUGCAGAAGGAGCAACGUCUGAUCUCGAAUCUCAGCCUGAAAAUGCCUGGGAACCUGAUUCAAGUUCUGAAUCGGACGUCUCAGAUAUGCGAAGCGAGGUGGAGAUCGGCGAUGAAGACGAACGCAUCAGCGUCUCGCUGGAAUCAGAUGUCCACUCGGCCAAGUGUUUCUUGGAAAGAAACUGGGGAUAUACUUGUGACUGCGAAGAAGAGGCAGAAGAAAACGAAGUAGAACACACUGAAAACAACGAGCCGCCAGUACAUGGCCUACUGGAUAUGGCCGACUACUGGCGGGGCCUUGCAGUACCAGACUCAAUCGGUCGCGCCUCGCCUCAUGCUGAAACAGGUGAAAGCGACGAUGGUCAGCUGGACUGGUACUCGAUCUUGAGCGGUGGGAACAACCGUCCAAAACUCGACAUUCAGAUGUCAGAGAGAAGCUUCUCCGAGGUCCAGCGCACUUGGGACGUGGAUAGUAUCAUUUCCUGGGCUACCUGCUUGUCCGUCAAUCGUGGGCUAUACAUAUCCUACCAUUCACCACCUACCAGGAACUUGGCAAGCAACUUGCAUGUUUACCAUCAGGGAACGCCCUUGCAUAUUAUCUCUCACCUACGUCUGGGCAGCGGACGGCAGUCGCCUCAGUUCGGAGUUUAUGUCUUCUUUCCCGGGAUCUCUCACGUCUGUCAAACGACCACAUAUCUGACCAAAAAGGAAAGACGGAUGUGGAUCGACGAACUCCUUCUACCCGCCAUCCGCCACUACUGCCCACCUGACGUGAUUCAACACCAUCCUCGUUCUUUUGACGAUAUGGAGAGCAAGGCAUAUAGCCGUCAGAGGGAAGCUUGUAGCGGAAUGGUCCGCAGUAAGAUGGACAUGCACCAUUAUCUCCCGCAAGAGUACUUACAGCAGAUAUGGCAUUACAUGGAACAACGCGCUGAGCGGUCUGACCUUGCCAUGUUUCGCGGAAUGUUCAUCGUCUUGAGUGCGAAAAUCAUCAAACUGGAGGCAAAAUCGACAACGUUACAGCAAUGUCGUGCCAAGAUCGUUGAACACCUUCAUCACGUUUUGGACUGGUCUAAAGUCGAUUUAUCGAAUACCUGGAUAGAUGUUGGCAUCGAAGAUACGGCAACCUCGGAAAAGUGUACAUUUUUGCAUAAAAGUAAGUGUUUGGAAUCAUGGAUUCGUUCAAUGAAGUAUAGCGACAAUAAACCGUUGGCAUCAUCAGAACAUUUCAACUCGUGUCUGACUAGCCAAGCUGGAAGCGCUAGGGUCGAGACCCGUCGCUCACAUCCACUGCGCAACGGGAGCAUCGCUUACGCUCAACGGUAUAAUGUGAACAAGGAUCUUUUCUGGACAGCGGCGAAACAGGACAGCGCACUAUUCAGUGAGCCCAAUCUGGAGGGACUGACAUGCCCACCUUCGUUACUCGAUGCUUGGAUCGUAGCUGCUCGACAAUAUCGUAAUGCCGGGUUAGCAACAUCCGAUAAAUCUGCACCCAAACUCAAGCGGCUUCGCAAAGUCUUUCAAGCUAUGAAAGCUCGAAUAGGGUUUAUGCGUUGGGAGUUCAACCGUUGGCUUUCUGCAAUCGAAUUUGUUAAAUCUCGAGCAAGUCGUCGAGAUGCUAAUUGGGAAGAUCAUCAGCGAAACAUGAUCAUGGUCACUUAUCCUUCUGGAAGUCGGCCAAAUGGUGGCUUUCGUGACCAUCAAGGAUUAGACGAUAGGGACCAGUUGAUCGGUUGGUUGUACAUCGAUUGA